GAAGAAGAAGAAGAAGAAGAAGAAGAGGUUUGUUUUGAACCGAAAAGAAGCAAGUGAUGGAGUUUCCUGAAGAUUUCAACCAGCUUGAGCUUCUGAACACACAUGGACAUCUGAUCCCCCGAGGAGCCAGCAGCCUGUGGACCGAAAGCAAGGACGAGGAGGACGAGGUGGAUGAAGAGGAGAGGUACAACAGUGAGGAGUGGUAUCUAGAAAAAGAAGAAAGUCUCAAACACCUACCAAAGGUGCUCAUUCUGUGGGCUGCAGAAAACAAUCGCGUUUCCACAAUCCGAAGGGUGGUAACUGCUGAUCCGUUGGUGGUGCACAGCUGUGAUGAGGAUGGAUACACUCCCCUGCACCGAGCAGCGUACAGCGGCCAUGUUGACGCUGUCUCUGCUUUAAUCGCCGCGGGGUCAAAGGUGAACCCUCGCACCCACGACGGCUGGACGCCCCUCCAUAGCGCCUGCCGCUGGAGCCGCGUCAAAGUGGCAAGUUUUCUCCUGAAACAUGGAGCCGAACUGAACGCCCAGACCAACGGGGGGCUCACCGCGCUCCACCUGGCCGCCUCCGACACCACCCCCCUCAUGACAGACUCCCCCAACACGUUGGAGCUCCUGCUAUCUCAGCUACACCUGAGGCCGGAGCUCCGCAGCGGCAGCGGGGAGACGGCCAGGGAGAUAUCCCAACGUACCAGCCCACACCACGUCCUGUUUGAGAUGGUGGAAGACUGCGUCAAUGUGGCACCGCUCUCAUGAAUGAAAUAAAACACGGGGGCAGAUAUUUAAACCCUCACAUUGUUAGCUAAAUGUACACAAGAUUCAUGAGAGUUUUCACAAUUGUACCCACAUUACUUGAUGUUUUUGAUACAUGAAAGGUGUCAUAUUAUGAGUAUAUAUUGAUGUAAACAUGCUUUCCCAUGUUCAUUCAUGUUUUUGGUGAAGCAUAAUAAAUGAAUGUGUCUUUUUAAUGUUGUAAUACUGUCUAUGUACACUUGACCUCAAAAGCACUUAGGCUUUCACACAUAAUAAUGAAGGUUAUAUUAUUUGUGUCAAUGAAUGCUCACAUUGUUGGAAUUACACUUAAUUAAGGGAUUUAAUUCAAAUAAAAGUUUUCAGAGGAAAAUCUUUUUUUUUCCUGCACAAAUCCUUACCUGAACUGAGGUUACUAAGAAACAAGCUGCUUGAAAUGUUAAAGGAAUAGUUCAGAAGUGUUGAGGUAAAUGUGCUGCUGUUGUCCCCGUCAACAGCAGCACAUUGUUUGCUCCUGUGUUGGUAACUGAGCUGGAGGUGACACACAGACUAUGGAUAAAUUCAUACAACCCCACAUGUAGAAUAAUCUGAAUUUCCUCCUUUAAUCAAUUCAAUUGUUUGGUUUGAAUGAACAUUGAAAAUGGUGAUGAACGCCAAUCCCAGCAUUCCUAGGUGUCUUAAGUGACACAUUUACAAAAACUAUAAAAAAAUAAAACAAUCUUAUAGAAACAAUACAUUGAGCGGCUCAGUCUGUAGGGACUUGGUCUUGGAACCAAAGGGUCGCUGGUUCACGUCCCGAUUGGACCAAAAAACAUAAUAUGGAGUGAGCUGGUAGCUGGAGAGGUGCCAGUUCACCUCCAAGGCCACGGCCGAGGUGCCCUUGAGCAAGGCACCUAACCUCAAAACUGCUCCAUUGGUGCCGGGUACCUGGCAGCCUCUCUGCUCUGCCACUUCUCCUAUCUGCAUGUGGUUGUGUGUGUGCAUGUAUAUCCUUUGUGUUUCUGCAUGUAUAUCCUGUGUGUGUAAUGUGUGUAAACACAACAGAGUGGGGAAAUACAUUUCCCUGUAAUGGAUGAAUAAAGUAUAUCUUCUUCUUCUUCAUUGUCAUUUAUGUAUUAAUAAACACAUUUAAUAAGAUUUUUGUAUGCAAACUUCUUGAUGUGUAAAUUAACCUAAGCUCUCAAAUAAAUGUAAUGAUGUUUCCCUUUGAAAUAUAAGCAGCAGAAAGUAACAUGAGAGGAAAAGUCUUAAAUGUGUUUAUUAUCACAGGACUGUGUCCUUCCAUCACAGAUCUUUAAUGGCCUGAGAAAAACUGCUUGAAAUGUUUUCUAUUUUAAUAUAUAAUUUAUUUGGACUCAUGGUGAACGCAUUACUAUAGCAUUAACACUGACUCUUGUCCUUAUAAGAAAAUGUUGAUGUCAACCGAAUUAUGGUAAUAAUCAGUGUUUUAUUGCAAUUAGAGAGUGCCUAAAGUGAAAAAUGCCAUUCGUUCAUCUAAUUUUACCUACAAGAAAACAUGCAAAGUGUCUGUAAACUUCUUGGCUUGAAACUGAUCUUCAUAACUCAACCCAUACGCAGAAUAUUUGUCAGGGUUACAUUUGCAUUUAAUCAGAAUCAGGUUUGAUGCCAAGGUGUGUUUUUUUGCAUGUUUGGUUCUAAACUAAUCACAAAACAACUGCACCAGUGAUGUAACAUAAAUACAAUGGGACAAUUCAGAAUACAAAUAUGAAAUACAUACUGAAUAUCUGUUUUAACAAUGAAGAGCAUGGUGUUGUAAAACAGUAUUUAGUUUAGAGGACAUGUGCAAUUAUGUACAGAAACAAUAGUCACACGCUGAGUGUUAAUGUGAUGUCUCUGAGGCGGGAUGUGAAACACAAUUAGUUUGGUUCAUCAGGCUGCAUCACUUGAAGCCAAUAUAUUUCUUCAUAUUUUGUAUGUUGUUGCAAGAAUAAAGCUGCCAUGCAAUGCAAA